ACCCGGAAGCAGAAGCGGGGCCGCGAAUCGAGCCGAGCCGCUGCCCCCGCUGCCCGCCGGCGCCGGCUGGGGGUCCCGGCGGCUGGAUGGGCGGCGGCGGCGCGGGCCGCGGGCGGCGAUGGGCGAGGAGCAGAGCACGGUGAGCGGCGGCGGCGGGGCCCCCGAGGCGCGGGUGCCCGCCGCGGGCGCCACGGCCCCCACCGGACCCCCGAGAGCGCGGGGGGACAGCGCCGGGGCGCCCGGGCCUCGAGCCCUCGCGGCCGAGACGGCCGGCGGGGGCUGCGGAAGCGACGCGGGCUGCGCCGACCCGAGCCGCGUCCCGGAGCCCGCGAGGACCCGCGGGGGCACGGGCUGGAGGCAGAGCCCGGCGGCGGCGGCGGCGGCGGGGCAGCGCGUGCAGCUGGCACUGCCCGGGCCCCUGAGCCCGCAGGCGCUGCAGCUGCAGCUGGCGGCGGAGUCGGCGGCCGAGACCGGGCACCCGCGCGAGGAAGGGGAUGAGGAAGCCCCCGAGGCGCCCGGCGCCGGGGCCCGGGACGGACUGGGCUUGGACGUGCUGGGCCCGCGGCGGCCGCCCCCCGCCAACAGGCACGUCUUCUGCUCCGUGUACUGCGUGGAGAACGACCUGCCCGACGUCCCCGCCGCCCCGCGGCCCGCGUCGCCACCCCGGGGCUCGCCGGUGACCCACCCGCCGCCUGGCACUCCAGCUUCCUCGCCCGGCCCCCCGGCGGCGGACCCUCUUGCCCCCGACGGCGGCAGCAUCGAGCUGGAGUUCUACCUGGCGCCCGAGCCUUUCUCCGUGCCCAGCCUGUUGGGAGCGCCCCCCUACUCGGACCUGGGUGGGGUCGGGGACCCCUAUGCGCCCCUCAUGGUGCUGAUGUGCCGGGUGUGCCUGGAAGACAAGCCCAUCAAGCCCUUGCCCUGCUGCAAGAAGGCCGUGUGCGAGGAGUGCCUCAAAGUCUACCUGAGCUCCCAGGUUCAACUUGGCCAAGUGGAAAUCAAAUGCCCUAUCACAGAAUGUUUUGAAUUCCUGGAAGAAACCACAGUCAUCUAUAACUUAACACAUGAAGACUCCAUCAAAUAUAAAUACUUCUUGGAACUUGGCCGUAUUGAUUCUAGCACCAAGCCAUGUCCUCAGUGCAAGCACUUUACAACCUUCAAGAAAAAAGGACACAUCCCCACCCCUUCCAGAUCGGAGAGCAAAUACAAAAUCCAGUGCCCCACUUGCCAAUUUGUCUGGUGUUUUAAGUGCCACUCUCCUUGGCAUGAAGGUGUUAACUGCAAGGAGUACAAGAAAGGAGACAAAUUGUUGCGUCACUGGGCCAGCGAAAUUGAGCAUGGACAGAGGAAUGCCCAGAAGUGUCCAAAGUGCAAGAUCCACAUCCAGAGAACUGAAGGAUGUGACCAUAUGACUUGUUCACAGUGUAACACUAAUUUUUGUUAUCGAUGUGGGGAGAGGUAUCGCCAGCUCCGUUUCUUUGGAGACCACACAUCAAACCUCAGUAUAUUUGGAUGCAAAUAUCGCUACCUCCCAGAGAGACCUCAUCUAAGGAGAUUAGUGCGAGGGUCAGUCUGUGCUGGAAAACUAUUCGUUGCACCUCUAAUCCUGGUUUUGGGAUUAGCACUAGGGGCCAUAGCAGUUGUUAUCGGUUUAUUUGUAUUUCCUAUCUAUUGCCUUUGUAAAAAACAGAGAAAACGGUCACGGACAGCUAUGCACUGGUGAAACUUGCAACGGCUUUCAUCUGCCUAAGCCGGUCAGAGUGGGAGCCUUACAGGACAGGGCGCUGUCUGAAAGCCAAAUCUUGAAAAACACCGAAAGAAAUCUUCUGUAUCUCGCCUCCCUGUGGUUCUCUGCAGACCACAAUGCCUCUAGCACCGGUGCACUCCCAACAUUGGUACCCUGACCUUUCCUUCCACAGAUUGCUGCUUCUAAUGAAAACGGUCACUUUCAUAGACUAUAAACAUCUGUAUCAUAACUCUGACUUUCUUAAUGGUUCUUGGAAGAAAAUAGUUUUAAUUAGGAACCACUUAUCUUCAGAACUCUCUGAGCAUUGCUUGGACAGUCUUCGUACCUGCACCUCCCUCCAGGCCAUCUUCUGAGACUAGGUGUGAAUAGCAGAAGUGCCACCUGUACCAGCAAACAGAGAGAGCCACUAGUAAGAAGAUGAAGGCUCAUCAUUUGCACCUGUUUUCAUCUGUGCCCCAAGCAGUCUAACUCCUUCAUUCUUCAGAUGUUAUGCUUGUUAAACAUGCCCAAAAGGGAAGUAGUGAAACUAAAUUAAUGAGAAGAAUCUUGAGUUACUGAAGUGUUUAUGUGUGGGGUAUAAAUGUGUGUAUAUAAAUAGCUAUAUUAAACUUAGGCCCGAUAACCUUGCACUUGUCAAGUUCCAUGCCUUUACAUUAUAUUUCCAUGGUUUUGUGGCCAUAGUUAAAGAUGAUGUUUCCUUUGUGGGCAUAGUCUGUUAAUAUAAAGAAUUCAAACCAAUGUAGGCAACAGGCUUUCAGUGUUUAUCCUUUCUAUUUCUUCCUCUCCCUCCUUUUCCUACAUACACACAGAGAAAUUCAUGCAGUGUCACCGCAAGGAUUACCAACUAUAAGGCUAUGAAUGAAAGAUGGCUUUUAGGAAAUUCUUAAGACUUAAGUGUUCGGUCUUCAUGUUUCUUGUAUUUUAGCAUACCUGUUUAAAUAUAUCAAUAAAUUCAUCAGACUUGAUUAAUUUAAGCAACAAGGUUAAUUUGCUUAACCUUUAAAACAAUCCCUCUUUUGAUAUUGUUUCUAAACCAAUUUACUGUGGCAGAUAAUUCUGUACUAGGUCAAGGUGUAAUACUCAGUAACCCCACUUCCCAGCUUUCUUUUCUCCUUCUUAUUUUUCCUGAAAACAAAUGCUAAUUUUGAAUUUUUUUUCUUAUGCUUACUGUUCAAAUGCAUAAUGUGUUGGUAGCUUCUUUUGGGGGGAGAUAAUAUAUAUUGAAAACAAGAUGUUUUCAAACUAUAUAUUUAUAUAAUUUGUCCAUGGGUUUAUCCUAAGACAUAAUUUUAGGAAAAGAAAACAAAAAUAGUGAAGGAAAUAUUUUCAGAAAUUUUAUCAAAGUAAUGUCUUUUAAAAUACAAGAAAAAAGCAAAUACCUCUUUCCUGUUUCCAUCAAAGAAGCUCAUAGCAGAAAGGAUGUAAAAAUCCUAAAAAGCCUAAUGUCUCCAAUUGUCUCCUAAUCCUUGAAAUUAAUUGUCUGCCAUAGAUGUCAUCUGUCUUCAAUCUUGUCAGACUUGAAAUAUAUUGUGAUAAGACAUGCAUUAACAUGGAUCAUUUGUUUUUGUGGGCUCCAGAGGAUAAGAACAUUUAUCAUUUUGUUUGACUUUAGAAGGCCAUGAUAGUGAAAGUUUACUUGCAUGGAUAACUAGCCAGCACAUGUCCAUUUUUCUGAAUCAGUGUCCUACAGCUUUUGUGCUAGUCUUUUUCCACAUAGACUAGGGUAUGCGCUUAAUCAUUCUGGAAUGGUGUAUUUCUAAACCAUGAUGUGGUGCAAGAAAAAGUAAUGCUCUAGCUUCACAAGUUCAUCUUUUCAUUUAUCCACCCAUCCAUUUGACAAAAUAUUUACCGAGUGCCUAUAUUACAUACUCUAGUACUAAAACUGAAAUAAGACUUUCUAGCUGAACUCCGUGUAUUUCUGUUGUUAAGAGUGUUUAAUUUUGAUAAAUUUGUCUUCUCUGAUUUAGGCAUUAGUUUGACAAUAAUAUGAAUAUGGUGAAUACUAAAUUAGUGAAUAUGCUUAUAUGUGAUAUAUGUGUGUGUAUUUAUACAUGUUAGUGUAUGAAUAUGAAUACAUAUCCCACAUGUAUACAAACUAGGUAAAUCAUAUAUUCUCUGGUCUUAGAGAAUCUAUUUUCCUAGGUUAUUGUCAUCUGGUGUCUUUGGCCUACUCAGGGAUUUUUAUUCCUUUCUUUGAAUAACUUAUCUUUUGGAGAUAUUUUUAUAUUAUUUGGAAGUGUUCCAAUUUUCCAGUUACACAGGAGCGUCUCUUGUCAGUGAAGUCUGUUUCGUCAACGCUUGAAAUAGGAUGCACAGUGUUGCACAGGAUUUUCACUUUUCUAUUGUAGAAAUUUUCUUAAUUAACAUGCAUUUUUCUCUUAAAAGUUGAUAUAUAGAUAUAUAUAUGUAUUAGGCCUUUCCCCUUUCCCUGCCAGUGACUUGAAGUAAUUAUAUUUUUACAUCAUCAUCAAGAUCCUAAAAAAGAGGGAGAAAUUUUUAAAAAGUGUUAUUUAUAAGACAGUGCCAACAUUGAAGGUGUAAAACAGUUGUAGUAAAAUGGGGGGAGGGAGUGGGGAGUGGACAAAUUCUACAAACUACCUUAGAAAAAGAAGUGUACACAUAAGAUAAAUAUCUUUCUAGCUAAAUCUUACCAUUUUUAUGUUUUUACUGUAAAUUUAAUAUAAACUCCAUUUAAAAAUCAAGCUAUAUAGAAUUUUAAAAUACAGAUUCCUCUGUUUACCCUACCCCUUACUUUUUUAGGGGUUACCUCUGUUACUAUUUGGUGUUUUUCCUUCCAGACACUUUCUACAAGUAUACAAAAAGUAAGUGUGUAUAUGGUACAUGUGUCUCUGUAUUGGUUUUAUACAAACAUAAUAACAAUAUUAUGUCUUGUGACUUUUUUAUUUUAUUUUAUAUUGAUAAACACCUUUCCAUAAGAGUUUAAAUAAAUAUGUAUUAUUCUUUUAUAUAUUACUCCAUAUUGUAUUGCAGGGCUGGAAUUAAAUUUGUUUUACAGAUUUAUACUUGUAAAACAAAUUCCUAAUUUAUACUUGUAAAUUUGUUCCCUAUUAAAUGGACAUCAAGAUCAGUUCCACUUAUUUGUUACAAAACAUCAGUGAAGGUCCUUUAAAUAUAUUUUGUUUCGUGUGAACAUUUUCAUAAGUUUUUCGAUUUUGAUUUUUAUAAGAUAUUCAUAAUAAAAUAUCAGUGAAUUUUAGUGAAAAAUACCAUAAAGAGAAUGUAUUCAAACUUGUUUCUCAGUGAAAAGGGAGACCUCAUAUAAGUAUUUAAGUGGAGGAAGUGGAUGAUUUUGUGGGGGGCGGGGGAGACAAAGGAGGGGGCACUACCCAGUGAAGCCAGAGCCACAGCCAGCUGUUCUUGGCCCUGACAGUGCAGUAGUCCCGCUCACUGACGUUGUGAUCAGGCCCAGAGUGCUGGGUCCCCUGGCCCACAGCCCAAAGUGAACCAGGUAAUGUUGCUCAUCCAACACAGGACUUGAUGAAGCACUCUCAAGUCUUAGAAGUGCCUGGUUUUUAAAGACACUCCUUUGCAAGAUGAUUUCACUCCUGGUUGAUUAGCCAAAUAAAUAUCAGGCCAAAACGUAUUUUAAAAUUAUAUUGUCUUCCAGUAACAGUAAAACACAAUUAUGCAAAUACGUUCUACAUAGUAAAUAUUCAUUGCCUUUGGAUUUCCUGAUGUUAAUCUUUGAGUGAUAUAAAUAAAGAGCCAGACCUCAUUAUCUGGCAUCUGUCAUCACUGAUGUCAUUAACAUCUGUCAUCACUGGGUCAAGUAUCACUGGGAAGCACCUCCCCCACAAAAAAAAGAAAGGAAGAGAAAGAAAGAAAGAAAGAAAGAAAGAAAGAAAGAAAGAAAGAAAGAAAGAAAGAAAGAAAGAAAGAAAGAAAGGAAGGAAGGAAGGAAGGAAGGAAGGAAGGAAGGAAGGAAGAAAGGAAGAAAGAAAGAAAAAAGAAUAGUCAAUAAAUGAAAUAAUCAUGUUUGUUUGUCACAUUUUUAAAACCAUUAUCCAUGUUCAUGCAUGUUGCUCCACAAAAGUACUUAAUUAGGCUUUUGUAAAGACAAGGAAGCAGUAUGUUGGCAAUUAUGAAUGUCAACAAAUAGCCAUAGAAAAAUAAGUUAGACCCAUGGGAGGUUUUAUGGUUUGUUUGGGGAUGCUUCAGAUGAUGGACUAGCAUGAAGCAUUUAUUUUACCAUAAAUUCUGUUGGUUUCCUUGGAAUUUUUUGUCGGCAGACUUGGUACAAGCAACAUCCUGUUGCCACCACCUUGAUUUUCUGAUAGGUGCUACUGUAUCUUGAAGGUAAAACAGGAAAAUAAUCAAAGAUAAUUACGUUCAAAAUCCGAUUCAUUUAAUUGUACUGUAGUGUCAGGAUUCAGUGAUGCCUGUCAAGAAAUUCCCUGUCCUGUGCCAUUCACCAUGUUGUGAGUCUCAAGGGUCCAGUUGAGCCUUUAUCUUUGAACCCUAACACUCAAACAGAAUAUCUGGCUCAGGGCUUCCUCUAAACACCUACCAACCACUGUAAUCCCUUCUAGUCCCUGGUUACCCACCCCAAACCAUUUUCUCCACUCCCUGAUGCUCUUACUAGCUCCUCUUCACACAGAGAGGGUGAGAGAGGAGGGAUGAAAAACUUUUUGCAUACAAAAAUCUCAUUUUUUCUGACCUUCCUUGCCUGCCUUUGUCUUUGCACCUGAGAUCUUCCCCCGUUAAAUAAAUACAAUUGUUUGUAAUAUUAGAUUUUUAUGCUGCCUAUUAAAUUCAUGAUUAUUAUUUUUUUAAAAAACGUAGUGGCCUAAAAAGCAUUGGUAUAUUCCGUUAACUACAAAAUUUAGAAGUCCAUGCCAAAUUCUGUUUUAGAUUUUAACUUAAAAAGAAGUUGCUCAUAUGCCUUAAUGUGAGUCUUCACAUUGGAUUUUAUGCUUAUCGUUGUGUACUUGCAGUUGAAUCCUACCCCAACUAUUGAAGGUCAAUUAUUUUGUGUUAGUAGCUGUUAUAAACAUAGCCUUAAAAUUCAAUAAUGCACUUUAAAUUAUGCGUGCUAUUUAUGACUUUUGACAGUUAAGAAAACUGAUAGGUGUUUUUUGAUGGAGACAUAUAUCAAUAGUGUUUCCAGACAUAUAUUUGGGUAAAAUACUUCAAUUUCCCUAUUUCAGAUCAGGGAAGGGAAAAUAUAAAGCAGAUCAUUCAAAAGAAAUGAAACAUACUUGGACAGUAGUACCUGAGGUCCAUGUCUGGAGCACAAACAUAGCAAGUACUUAAUUAAUUUUACCUAGUAACUUUCUUGAGAUGCUUGCUUAAAAGAUUAAGUAAAUUUUACCCAUAAUUUUCUGUUUUUUAAAAUCCCUUAAAAUAAUCAACUGGCUACAGAUAUUGUAACUAAAAAUUUACCACUGGUUUAAAUAUAUUUGAUUUUCAUAUAAUUAUAAUAUUUUCCUGUUCUUCGGAAAAUAAGUACUAAAAUUCAAUCUUUAAUAUUUAUGUCCAUAUUGAUUUUUUUUAAACAACAUAAAUAAUUUUAUGGAAGUGUGAUGGUAUGGUCUGAACAAAAUCAAAAUUUCAAAUUUGGGAGAGUAUUAAAGAUUAUGAAAUGUUAUCUAUUAGAACUUAUGAUGCAGACCUCUAAAAGAAAUUCAGUGAAACUAAUUUGUAACUUUGAUUUUUAAGGCUAAAAUUAAUAUUCAUUUCAUACCCAGCUGUAGUAUUCUGGCUUCUAUUUUAUAUCACUUGUAUGGCUGGAAGUGAAUUGAUUUUAACCUAAUCCAGAAAGCAGAGUGACAGAAGUUGAAGACUUGUCUGUUUAGAACCUUAAUUGAAAUCUUCAGAUAUCACGUUCCUUUUAGAACCCCAAUAAUCGUGCCAAUUACAGAGAUACUCUUUUGGCUAAAAAAGGAACAAAUGGACUUUAAAGGCAAUGCAUUAUUUUAUAAACACUUAUAAAUGAUUGCCAAUUCCCCUUUUUUAUUUAUUUUUUUACCUUUUUAAUUUAUGGAAGAAAUUGCAUUGGGUAUGUAUCUCUGCAUCAUUUUGAUUAAACAGAUUAAUAUAGAAUGUAUUUUGUUUUUCUGGUCUAACACAUAUUUUUUCACCCUUUCUAUCAUUAACAUUAAAUUAUUUUCUUUCUUGCUUGUAGAGUAAUAUCUCUUCAACAUCAGGUCUUGUUUCUUUAGAUUUCUUGCCUAUCUUAUUUUUUCCCUCUGCAAACCUCUUUGCAUCUUGGCCAAGUUUGGAAUAAAUUCUGUUUCACCAUUAACUGCUUUAACUGUAAUAAAAUGAAAUUUAAAAGCUGAAAGGGCUCCAUUAUUUGACUCUAAUAGUAACAUAAUUUCCAUUGGUUUAUCUCUAAAAUAAAAUGCAUCAGGAGUCCUUAAAAUGCCGACCCUCUUAAAAGGAGUUGGAGAUCUCUAUCUAGCCCACAAGUUGAAAGAUGUCAAUUGAAUGAAAAAGCCUAAUAAUAUUCUAAGACCAGCCUUAAAAACUGCAGUAUGAAGUUUGGAUGUUAAUUGGAUAACAAGCAGGUGUGGACAUUAAUCCAGCCUUGUCCCAAUGCUUUCAUGAUUUACCCAAAAUGGCCAAAUAUAUAACUUAUGGUCUAUUUCCACAGAAAGACUCAGCUUGACCUUGGUCCUGAACUUUUAUUGUGUAGCAUUUGUAUAUAAAAUUCAACCAUGGGAUUCAUAUUCUGUGAAUUUUGAUAUUAGACUUAUUAUCUGUUAGAUAUUGUAUGUUACUGGUAUUAACCAGUGAAAUGGUUAAUCAUUUGCAAAUGUUUGAUUGUCAGUUAUGAUUUAGAUGUGUCACCCUCAGGAUAUGUUUUAUAAUGGUUUAGUACAUGAUACAGUAAAAAGUUCAGGAGAGAGUCACACUUUGGUAUAAAGGGACCCCAAAAAUUGCCAAAAUAAUGGCAUUUUAGAUUCUUCUUUACAGUGCCAACUUAUUGGAUUCCUGCAGAAUUGUCAGGUGUUUAAUACCUGGCAAAGAAGUGUUCCCCAUAAUUCAAGCAGAUUCUUAAAACAUUACUUUCUCUAUGUCCAAAUAUAAUUUUUUAUUUCAAGUAAAUUCUAUCAAAAUAGUUGAUUGAAAUGCUUGAAUUCUCUUAGUUAUAGAAAUAAGAUUUUAUGUUCCUUUAAGAAAAUUCAUGUGAAACCUAGAACAACAAUUUAUUGACAUCUAUCUUAACAAGGAUAAUCUGUUACAGAAUUUUAAUUUGAAAAUGACAAUCAUUUCUUAUGAAAUAAAUUAACACAGUAAGUGGUAAAUUGUUAAAUCAUAUAAAUAAUUUUAUAAACAACACAAAAAAUAGUGCCACUAAAAUGCUGGUAUGUUGACACGUUAGUAAAAAGCCACAAAAGUUAGUUACUUGGUUUCUGUUUUAAGUACAAUUGAUUACAAGACAUAGGCAUGAACAAUAUUUAUACAUAUAUAUUACAAAAUAGUGAGACAAUUUGAUUAUUCACAUUCUUUUUUUGCAAAGAAUGUAAAAUGCUAAUAAAAACCUGGGUAUUCAAUCUGUUAUGUAUUCAGAAAUUACAGUUUUAAGGAAUAAUUGUUAUUGUCUAUUUACCAGAACAUUUUCCAUUUUAAUUAUAUUCUUUUCCCAGUGCAAAAAGAAUAAAUUCCUUAAUUACAAGAUAAAUGAAUUUUCAGUAAUAUUUUCAACCACAUAUUGUUCAUUGUCUACUAUUAUUGUAUACUUUUUUCUACAUUCAUAGCCAUUUUCCUAAUAAGUUGUCAUUUUUUAAUGUUUAAAAUGAGCCCAAUUAAAAAGAUUUGCUUUACUUUUUAAAAUUAUGUUUGAAUAUAUUUAUGAAAGUUUAUAUUUAGUUAUACUUUAACUUUGGUAUCCAUAGUACUCUGUGAAAGAAACCAUUUUGAAUAUAUUUGAAAAUAGGCAGACAAAAAAACAAGAAAGUAAAAUAACAUUGAAAUAUUAAUAUAAGUUCCUGAAAGAAAAUAAUUUUGUUGUGAUGAAAAUGUUGGGAAAAAUUAUUGGAGACCUUAAUUGCUUACUUUGUUAGACUUGUUUCUGAAGAAUUCGUUCAUGCUAUUGAUUCCAUGGAUUGUGGUUUUAGCAAAGUAUAUCUCCCAUCGCCACCAUUUUAGUGUCUAUACAUUAAUUAUUAAAAAGAAAAGAAGUACGUUUUUAGACUUGUCUCUAAAUAAUGAGUUCAUGCUAUUUAUUCCAUGAAUUGUAGUUCUAGCAGAGUAUAUCUGCCACCACCACCACCAUUUUGUGUUUAUACAUUAAUUCUAAAAGGAAAGGAAGAAAAUCGUGAAUAAGAAGCCAGGGAAAUUGGGUUAAUCUCAUUUCCAACAACAGUAAUGGAUAGCCCCCUCAACCUUCCAUAUGGUGCUUUGUGUGUGUGUGCGAUGAGAGUAUGUAACAUAUGUUAUUAGUGCCUUAUUUUUUUUCACUUGACUUUAUUUCUUAUUUAAAGAGCCAUAUAUUUUAUGUGAGUAUUUUUUGGUCCCGCUAUUUAAAGUGCUGAUGAGACAGUACCCUUAGUGAUAUAUUGGCUACAUGUACCAGCCACUGUUAUCUCUAGAUUAGCAGGUUGGCCAAUGCAAUUUUCCUACGUUUGUUGCUCAUUUCUAAACUAUUAUAAAAACAAGAUCUUGAACACCAUGAAUUGAAAUCAUUAGAAUUGAAAUGUGUUUUGAUGCCACAAAAAAAGAGUGUGAUUUUUAAGGUUGACUACUGAAUAGAAAUGGUUUUCAAUUGUUAUCAAUCAGGACAAAAAAAAUACAUUUUAAAGAAGCAAUUAAAAUAAUUACAUGGUACUUACAAUUGUCUUUGGCAAUAUUUUAUCUGUAAUGUACUUCCAAACAUAUGCAGACCCGUGGUGUUUGCUAUUUAUAUGUAGUAGCUCCUUUACAUUCGGCUUUAUUGACAUCAAGCCAUAAUUUUUCACUAGAUUUCACUUUGCUCUUCUUCAUGUGCCUUUUGUUUUAGCUUUAUACAAGAAGCUGGUUUUGUUGUAUUCUUUUAUGUACCAUAAUAUAUAAUUCAGUAUUUCCUGAUGAAUGUAUGACAAAUAAUUAAAAUAAAUCAUGUACUUAGAAAAGACAAAGACACAGGUUGUAUAUGCAAAUAUGUGUAAAUAUUUGACAAGGAAAAAAUGUAAAAGAAAUCUUCCUGCCAAUAGAUAUGUCCUGCUGGAUAGGACCUGGAAAUUAGCGGAUUUUUUUUUUGUUGUUGUUUUUUAAACAGUGAAUUUAAAAAUCUAUUACCUCAAGAAUUUUCAGUGGACAUGUGUCAUUGUUCUGCUCUUUCAUAGUAAACACAGUCUCAUUUGCUGCUGGCAGUAAAAGCAACCCAAGUUUCAGAUCACACAAAUUUUCAGGGGCAAGUCUUUCAAAAGAUGGAUACCAUGUGCUAUUUUGGAGUCUGAUUUUGUAGUAAUGUCCCUAUACCUAUUGUUGUGGUUGGCUUAUUUUUGUUUGUUGUUUUUUUGGUUUUUAAAUGGAAAUGUAAUUGACUAUGAGAUGUGAUCUCAUGGAAGGGUCUAAUGACACUCUACUUGGAUGGAAACUAUUGUGGUGAUCAGCUCUUUGGACAGUUACUAUAAGCUGUUGUAUGGAUUUCUGUGGAGUGCUGUUUACUUGCAUGAUGUGUGCAAAACAUCGUGCAUCAUCAUCUAGCAAUGCCUAAUAAAAAUAUUUAAA